UGGCUUCCCGUCUUGAUGACAGAUUGGGUGUUACAUCACAAGGUGGGACCAUUUGAUAUGACAACACGCUAUAUAUUCCUGCUGUUACCUCUGCCCUUCCUCUCCCACUUUGAGAGCAAGCAAGCUGUGUGGGCAUCGAGUCGCUCUGCCAUGAGGACUGCCAAGCAUUUUGUACAAGUGGCUCUGGCCCUCUGCUGCUUUGCAGAUAUUACCUUUGGAAUUGAGGUUGAUUGCAGUCUGUAUGCCGGCGGCAUUGGCAAGGAUGGGACGAGCUGGAUAGCCUGCCCGAGGAACUUGAAGCCUGUCUGUGGCACAGAUGGCUCCACAUACAGCAACGAGUGUGGGAUCUGCCUCUACAACAGGCAACACAGCGCAAACGUGGAGAAGGAAUAUGAUGGAGAGUGCAGGCCAAGGCACAUUACAGUUGAUUGCACUCAGUACCACCGAGUUGUAAGAGAUGGCAACGUCAUGGUAGCCUGCCCAAGGAUUCUGAAACCAGUCUGUGGCUCAGAUAGCUUCACUUAUGACAAUGAAUGUGGGAUUUGCGCCUAUAAUGCAGAACAUCGCACCAACAUUUCCAAACUGCAUGAUGGAGAAUGCAAGCUGGAGAUUGGCUCAGUUGACUGCAGUAAGUACCCAUCCACAGUCUCUGAGGAUGGCAGAACAUUGGUAGCCUGUCCAAGGAUCCUGAGCCCGGUUUGCGGCACAGAUGGUUUCACCUAUGACAAUGAAUGCGGGAUCUGCGCCCACAAUGCAGAGCAGAGGACCCAUGUCAGCAAGAAGCACAAUGGAAAAUGCAGGCAGGAGAUUCCUGAUAUUGACUGUGAUCAAUACCCAACAAGAAGAAUCGGUGGUGACAAACUCCUGGUGCGCUGCCCAAGGAUUCUGCUCCCAGUCUGUGGCACAGACGGAUUUACUUAUGACAAUGAGUGUGGCAUUUGUGCCCAUAAUGUACAACAUGGGACUGAGGUUAAGAAAAGCCAUGAUGGAAGAUGCAAGGAGCGUAGCACCCCGCUUGACUGCACCCAGUACCUGGGCAAUAGUAAGAAUGGUGAAGCCAUUGCCGCCUGCCCCUUCAUCCUGCAGGAGAUCUGUGGCACUGACGGUGUCACCUACAGCAACGACUGUGCUCUGUGUGCCCACAACAUUGAAUUAGGAACCAGCAUUGCCAAAAAGCAUGAUGGGAGGUGCAGAGAGGAAGUUCCUGAGGUUAACAUCAACCCUGGCAGCAGGAACGCUGUGCAUUUUCUGCAUGCAGUCAGGGAAAGAAAGAGAAGAAGACAGCUUGACUGCAGCAAGUACAGAACCUCCACAAUGCAGGAUGGCAGGGAGCUGAUGGCCUGCACCAUGAUCUACGAUCCAGUCUGUGCUACCAAUGGCGUCACCUAUGCCAGCGAAUGCACGCUGUGCGCUCACAACCUGGAGCAGCGGACCAAUCUUGGCAAGAGAAAGAAUGGAAGAUGUGAAGAGGAUAUAACAAAGGAACAUUGCCAUGGGAUCCAGCAAGUCUCUCCCAUCUGCACCAUGGAAUACAUACCCCACUGUGGCUCUGAUGGCAACACAUAUGGCAACAGGUGUACCUUCUGCAAUGCGUACCUGGAGAGCAAUAGGACUCUCAACCUCGUGAGUAUGAGCGCAUGUUAACUCUGCACUGGAGUCCAGCGUGAGAAACAACCUGCCUUGCACAUGAGUCUUCAUGGACCAAUGUUCCCCAACAGUUCUCCUUCAGCUUGUUUUGUGUUCUAAGCUCUCCAAACACCUUUUUGGUGAAUAAACUCACUUGGCAACAUU